GUCUUAUUCGAGGACAAUUUUCGAAAGUUUAGAGUUAAAGAGCUAAUAGUGAAAAGGCAUUUGCAACGAUGGUGGCCUCGUUGGACGAAUAUCCACAGUUAGUGGUAGACUUAGCGCAACGCAGCAUCCCACUUAAAGUCCUGGAAUUAACCGCCCUCAUUGUUCUCAUUGCAUUAGCGUUCUUUGGCAACGUUAUGAUCUGUGUGGCUGUUCUCCGGACCCCUGCCCUCCGAACAGUGUCAAACAUGUUUGUUACAAACUUGGCGGUGAGCGAUAUUUUAAUGGCGGUUGUUUGUAUGCCACUAACACUGUGCGUGCUUAUCUCAGGGGAUUGGCCGUUCAGCGCAGUGGUAUGCGAUCUUCAAGGGUUUUUCAUGUUUUCGUUUGGAAUUGUUUCGCAAAUUAAUAUGUCGGUGAUCGCUUUAAAUCGCUACUUCGCCAUUUGCCGACCGUUUGAUUGCAAAGCCAUCUUUACCAAGGGAAACGUGAUUUGCAUGAUUGCCUUUCUGUGGAUUUUACCAAGCAUUGCAAGUGUUCCUCCUUUAACGGGCUGGGGAUAUUACGCUUUUAAUGGAGGCAAAGCUUUCUGUAUAUAUCCCUUCAACGUCAACUUGAUUUACACCACGAUCGUCCAGCUUCUGUUCAUUGCGUUUCCACUAGGACUUAUCGGAUUCAGCUACACGAAAUGCAUCAUGGCGAUAAGGGCAAACAACCGACAAGUCGCGCAAAUGGAAGACAAUUCUGGUCAAGCCAAUCGACAGUCGAGAAAGGCGCGCGAAAUUCGUGCCACCCGGACGAUGAUGUUCGCCACCUUGGGAUUCAGCUUGUGUUGGUUUCCAGUCUCCAUCAUAGAUUUUGCAGACACGUUCACAGGAGGCGGGAAUUUACCACGUGGAGUUUUCAUGCUCAACGGGUUUCUGAUCUUCACGUCAAGUUCCAUCAAUCCUCUCAUCUACUGGCUAUCAAACCGCGAUUUCCAAAAGGCUUACCGGAAAUUAUUGCCAUGCACUGAAAAUAAUAUUAUCAUAGUGAACGAGGUUUCGCACCCCACACAAAUAACUGGUUCUCAGCAUCCUGUGAAUGAACAACUGUAA